AUGGAAAUCGGAAUAGAGGAUCACGACAUCCCUGACGACAGCCACGACUUCUACGACAUCUACUUCUACUCCGACCGCAUCAACACAAUGGUCACCCACGACCCUUCCCAAGUCUCACGCUGGCUCUCCCACACCCAGAGAAUCCACCGCCAUCGUCUGAACAACCUCAUCGUCGGCCUCGACGUUGAGUGGCGUCCCAGCUUCAGCAAGUACCACAGGAACCCAGUCGCCACUCUCCAGCUCUGCGUGGGCCGCCGUUGCCUCGUCUUCCAAAUCCUCCGCUGUUCCCGCGAGUACAACGAGGACGAGUUCAUUCCCGAGGAUCUCCGAGAUUUUCUCGCCAAGGAGGACUACACUUUCGUCGGAGUUGGGAUCCAGAACGAUGUUCAGAAUCUGGAGGGGGAUUAUGGGCUGGAAGUUAGUGGGAGGAUUGUGGACUUGCGUCGGUUGGCUGCUGGUGAGUAUGAUAGGAAGGAACUGAGAAAUACUGGGAUGAAAGAGCUGGCUAGAUUGGUGCUUGGGAGAGAAGUUCAGAAGCCCAGAUGGGUGACUAUGGGUAGGUGGGAUAGCCGCUGGUUGAAUCCUGAUCAAGUCCAGUAUGCCUGUGUGGAUGCUUUUGUUUCCUUUGAGAUUGGCAGGCGUUUGGAUGCCGAUGAAUAUGAGGAUUAA